AUGCUCCUACGUGGCACAAUCUCCGCUCCCCUCUCUUGUCUCCGCCUCAGAAGCACCACCACCUCCCCUCCCCCUUUAAACGUCUCCGUUUCGCGGCGCACUUCAACCACCACCAACAAUUACUCAAUCUCCGACCAAGACCUGGACUCCCGAGGCUUCCUCCUCCACCGCACGAUCGCGGAGCUCAACCUGGACCACCUCAACAAGGUCUUCGUGGCGGUCGGGUUUCCGAAGCGUGAUCCGGAUAAGAUCCGAACGGCGCUGGAGCACACCGACGCGCUGCUGUGGAUGGAGUACAGGAAGACGAAGAGGCCUGUGGCGUUCGCUAGGGCGACAGGGGACGGCGUUUUCAACGCGAUCAUAUGGGACGUGGUGGUGGACCCCUCGUUUCAGGGGCUGGGGCUGGGGAAGGCGGUGAUGGAGAGGUUGGUGGAGGAGCUGGUGGCGAAAGGGAUUUGUAAUAUUGCUUUGUAUUCGGAGCCCCGGGUUCUCGGGUUUUACAGGCCCUUGGGCUUUGUGGCGGAUCCGGAUGGGAUCCGGGGAAUGGUGUACUCCAGAAAACCCAAAAGGAAGACAUAA